AUGACCAAUCAGGACUUCGAUCGUGAUGUGAGGCUUGAGAAGGCUGACGUUAUGCACACUGAGGAUGCUGUUGCUAUGAGGGAUCAUGAGAUGACUACUUGGGAGUGUGCGAAGAAGAACCCAAAGGCCAUCCUUUGGGCCAUUUAUGCAAACUUGGGAGCUGCUCUCGUUGGUUACGAGAACCUCGCUCUAGCCGUCUGUCUCGCCCUCCCAGCUUUCCAGAUGAAGUUCGCCAGCCUCGUGGACGGUAACCUCAUCAUCCCCGCAUACUGGCAGUCCCUCUGGAACGCCACCUACAACAUCAUGCAGCUCUUUGGCUCCCUGACCGCCGGCUUCGUGCAGGACAAAGUCGGCCGACGCGCUGUCUUUCUCGGAGGCAUCAUAAUCGUUUCUUGUGGCAUUGCUCUGGCUUAUCUCGCUGAAACACCUGCUCAGUUCAUGGGGGCCAAGAUCAUCUCUGGUUUUGCUGUAGGCGCGUUCCAGUCGACGACACAGACUUAUGUUUCUGAGAUUACACCGCUGCCUCUGCGUGGAAUUGCCUUGUCUCUCAACAUUCUCAUGAUGAACAUCGGCAUGCUCAUCGCCAUCUCCACAACCUACGCCCGCGUCACGAUCAUGAACGAAUCCGCAUUCCGAGUCGUCUUCGCCAUUGCAUGGGUUUUCCCAGGAAUCCUCGCCCUCGGCCUCCCAUUCCUCCCCGAGUCUCCAUACUAUCUCGUUGCGAAGAACAAGCGCGAUCUUGCUCUCAAGCACCUCGCCAAAUUCGCCGCCAAAGAUGAAGAUCUCGAGGCUCGCAUCCGACACAUGGAAGAGACCAUAGAGGCUGAGAAACUUAUCUCGUGCGAGAAGGCUUCGUUCUUGGAGUGCUUCAAAGGCAGCAACUGGCGCCGUACAAGGAUCAUUCUGGUCUGCAUGUACAUGCCCCAAAUUGUUGGUUCAAGCCUGUCGUCCAAUGCUCCGUACUUUCUCAGUCAGACUGGUUUGAAUAGUGUGUUGAUCACCAAGAUUAUGCAGAUCGGUCUUGGUGUUUCUAUCCUGUCCUCAUUGAUCAACAUCUACAUGAUGACUCUCUUCCGCCAUCGACCAUUGCUGUUCUUCGGCAUGACCAUCUGCGCUCUCAUUUAUAUGAUCAUGGGCAUCGCAGCUGCUUCUCCCCAGUCCGAGAAGACCAACUUGGCUAUCGGUAUCUCUAUGCAAUUCCUAGCUCUUGCUUACGGUCCAGCCGUUGGUUCAAGUCUCGCUGUGGCUGGCGAAGUGUCUGCUUCCAGAUUACGAGCCAAGUCUCAGGGUAUCGCUUUCGGAUUCCAGGCUAUUACCAGCACUGUUUGGGUGACUGUGCUGCCGUACAUGUUCAACAAGGACGAGGGCAAUAUGGGUGGUCAUAUUGGCUGGGUCUUCUUUGGCAUGACUCUGUUGGUGAUGGUGGCUGUCUUCUUCGAUGUACCAGGUACCAAGGGCAGGACGUUCCAUGAGCUUGAUAUCAUGUUUGAGAAGAAGAUUCCUGCUCGCCAAUUUGAGAACUACAAGAGCGAUUGA